AUGCCAGGCAGGAGAGUGUUGGCGUUGGUGCUGGCAUUGGCACCGUGCCUGAUCCUGCCCUGCACUGGGCAGCAGCACCUGGAGGAGGCCGAGCGCAUCAUGAGCAGCACGCCAGUCAUCGAUGGGCACAAUGACCUGCCCUGGCAGCUGCUCAACAAGUUCAACAACCAGCUGGAGCUGCCAGAGGCCAACCUCACGCUGCUGAACGACACCCACACAAACAUCCCCAAACUGCGCAAGGGACAUGUGGGUGGCCAGUUCUGGUCGGUGUAUGUGCCCUGCGGGACGCAGAACAAGGACGCAGUGAAGCGCACGCUGGAGCAGAUGGAUGUGGUGCACCGCAUGUGCCAGCUCUACCCAGACACCUUCUCCUGCGUCGUCGACAGCGCUGGCAUCGAGAAGGCCUUCCAGGAAAAGAAGGUGGCCAGCCUCAUCGGGCUGGAGGGUGGCCACUCCAUUGACAGCAGCCUGGGUGUUCUGAGGACCUUCUACCACCUGGGUGCCCGCUACAUGACCCUCACCCACAGCUGCAACACCCCUUGGGCUGACAACUGGUUGGUGGACACUGCCAAUGAGUCACCUGUGCACCAUGGCCUCUCAGACUUUGGGAAGACAGUGGUGGAGGAGAUGAACCGCCUGGGAAUGAUCGUGGACCUGGCUCACGUCUCCGUGGACACCAUGAAGGUGGUGCUGAACAUCUCCAAGGCCCCUGUCAUCUUCAGCCACUCAUCUGCCUACAGCAUCUGCCCGCACCGCCGCAACGUGCCCGAUGACGUGCUGAGGAUGGUGGCCUCCACGGGCAGCCUGGUGAUGAUCAACUUCUACAACGGGUAUGUGACAUGCAGUGACACUGCCAAGCUGGCUGACGUUGCAGACCACAUGGACUACGUGAAGAAGUUGGCUGGUGCCCAGUUUGUUGGCUUCGGUGGGGACUACGACGGUGUCACAGGGCUUCCCACCGGCCUGGAGGAUGUCUCCAAAUACCCUGCACUGGUGGCUGAGCUGCUGGCAAGGGGCUGGACAGAGACAGAGGUGAAAGGUGCCCUGGCUGGAAAUCUGCUCCGUGUCUUCAAGAAAGUGGAGGAGGUGAAGAGGGCUCUGCAGGGCACAGCUGCCCACGAGACACCUAUCGCCUUCGAGGAGCUGGAGGGGACGUGCAGGACCAGCUAUGGGUACACCGACGGUGCCAGCACAGCACGGCUCACACCAGCAGCCCUGCCACUGCUGCUGGCCCUGCUCCACUCACUGCUUUCCUAG